AUGGUAAAUUAGAAGAGCUUCACUUUUGUCUAUCUAUUAUUUGCAGCCUUUUGUUAUCUCAAUAAUUUUAUUGUGAUUGCACACUCUGAAAUUGGUCAUGCUUGUGCUCAUGAUUCGGAUGAAAUGAUUAGUAAAACAUACUAAAGGCUUCAUGAAUACUUUAAAGAAAACCCAAUCAACUAUUCAGAAGAUAAAUUAAAAAGAAAUUUAGGUGCCUAAACUAUUCAGCCAAUAAGAAUAACUACUGACUUUUCAAGAUUAUCUCCAAAACCAGAAUUACCACCCAUUACUAAUAAUUAAGUUAAUUAUCUGAAAACUGUAUCUACUACUGUUGUUAACUUUGUUUCUAAUUUUAUCAAAGUUUAACCAAACACAAGCAAUAAUAUCUUUGAUCCUAAAUAAAGUAUUGAUGGAACUUGUAUAACAGUAAAACCUUUAAAAAAAGAUAGAACAGAUGGUGUUUCUGAUUCGGAUCUACAUUUGUAUUUCAUUUAUACCAGUGAUCCAGAUGCCGGGUUUUUAGCAAAUGCAGGCUUUUGCAAUCUUUAACAAGGAGAAACUUAUCUUAGACCAAAUUUUGGAAGAGUCUUAUUUAACAUAGCUAAUAUGAAGAAUUUUGGUACUAAUUUGGAGUAAUUUUAAAAUGAUGUUAUGAUCACUUUGCAUGAAAUUAUUCACGUUCUUGGUUUUUCCUAUGGAGCUAUGUAAAGCUGGUAUGAUAAAGCAUCAAAUUGGUUAUUAGGAUAAGAAGCAGCUAAUAAAUUAAUUAGUACUCAAACUCUUAGAGGGAUACAAACUAAUUUACUAGGAUCUCCUAACGUUUUAGCUACUGCAAAAAAAUACUAUGGAUGUCCAACAUUACAAGGAAUGUAAUUGGAGAAUCAAGGAGGCCCAGGUUCAUAAAAUUCGCAUUGGGAAAGAACAAUCAUCAGAAGUGAAUUAAUGACACCAUCUGCGCUUGUAGAAGACUUAAAUUUGACUGUUUUCACUGUUGCAGUUCUCAAAGAUACUGGAUAUUGGGAUGAUGUUAAUGAAAAUUUAUCUGAUCCAAUUUAUUGGGGAAGAAAUAAAGGUUGCGAUUUCUUUCAAAAUGCAUGCUAAAGCUCUACUCAAUAUGAAGAAUUUGCUACAGCAAAUUAAAAAGGUUGCUCAUUUUGGGGUGAUGGAUAAGGUAUAGGUUCUACUUCUGAUCGUUUUGGUGAUAAUUGCAGUGUUAUUGAGAUCUACAGUAAUAAUCUAUGUAGUGAUAUAGCAAAUUAAAGUUAAUAGACUAAUCCUCCUUCAUUUAAUGCUGAUACUUCAAACGAUUAUUCAUAUAAUUCUAAAUGUUUCACUUCAAGCGUUUACAGUCCUACUGCUUAAAACCAUAAUGAAAUUAAAAAUUUUAGGUGCCAUUUUUACUAAUGCACACCUGAUAAGACAUAAGUUACCAUUACUUUCUCGUAAAUACCUGAUACUAAAAUAGUUUGUGGUACUAGUGAUUAAGGUAGUCUAAAGAAUGUGAUCUUUAAGGGAAAUACUUUAGGUUAAGUAACAUGCCCAUCAAGUAUUUAAAGAUUAUGUGAUGACUAAAAAUGUGUUAACUUUUGCAGUUAUAACGGUAUUUGCAUAAGAGGAUAAUGUUUAUGUAAUCCUGGUUAUGGAGGUGUUGAUUGCAGUAAAUAAUGCUCUAACUUUAUUGAUUAGGAUGGAAAUUGUUAGAACCAAUGUCCUAGUAACACAUAUGCUAAUUUUGAUAAAGUUUGCAGAUCUACAUGCCCAAUUGGAACUUAUCCUGAUAACAAUAGUGGUGUAUGUAAAUAAUGUGAUUUUUCUUGUUCUUAAUGUUCAGGUCCAAGAAGCAAUUAAUGUUAAGCUUGUCAAUUUUUAACUUACUUAUUUUUCGGUACUUGCGUAACCUCCUGCCCUUCUGGAACUUACCCUGAUGAACCUUCAAAAAGUUGUUUACCAUGCUCGAAUGGAUGUUAGACCUGUACAAGUCCUACUACUUGUAGUUAGUGCAAAACUGGAUUUUAAUUAUCUGGAUAAAUGUGUACUUCUAUUUUUUAAUGCACAAUUCCUUGUGCUUCAUGUAGCUCUGAUCCAAAAUAUUGUACAUCAUGUAUAAAUGGUCUUUUUCUUACAUCUUAAAAUACCUGCGUCUCUUCUUGCCCUGCAGGUUAUUUCCAAAAUAAUUAAAAUAUGACUUGUGACCCUUGUUCAACUGGAUGUUCUUAAUGCUCAGAUGCUAAUACAUGCACUUUAUGUGAUAUUUCCAUAGGAUACAGAAUCUAGGGAAAUGCAUGUACUCUUUGUGUAUCGCCAUGCGCUACCUGUUCCUAUUCUAAUCCUAAUUCUUGCUUUUCUUGUGAAAAUAAAAUGUAUUUAGUAAACAAUUAAUGUGUUUCUUCUUGUACAAAUGGAUAUUACAAUGGACCAAAUUAUAAUUGCUCUCAGUGUAUUACUGGGUGCAGUUAAUGUUCUGACAGAGUAUCAUGUACUUAAUGUAGUAAUAAUUAUAAACUAUUCACUUAAAAUAAUACUUAAAUUUGUAUCAGUUCAUCUUCUUGCUUUUCUCCUUGCUCUACAUGCAUUGGAACAUUCCAACCAACCACUUGCGCAUCUUGUAAAUAAGGAUCUUAUUUGUAAGCUAACUCUUGUGUAUCCUCAUGUGAUUAAGGCUAUUUUUUAGAUUAACCUAAUUAAAGAUGCACUUAAUGCUCGAAUGGUUGUGCUAAAUGCUCAAAUUCAACUACUUGUGCAGCAUGUAUAAAUAAUUAUUUUUUGCUACAAAAUAAUUGUGUUUAAACUUGCCCUGAUGGAACAUAUACAGAUCAAAUUUCAAAAACUUGCUAAAACUGUCCUAACGGAUGCUCUAAAUGCACUAGUUAUACUAUUUGUAGCUAAUGCCAAAAUGGGUUUUAGUUUUCAGGAUAAAAAUGCACAUCUUCUUAAUGUACAAACCCUUGUGCUUCAUGUACUUCUGAUCCAUCACAUUGUACUACUUGUAUAGGUAAUCUCUAUAUAUCUCCUUAGAACACAUGCGUUUCUACAUGCCCGACAGGAUAUUUCUAAAAUAAUUCGAAUAUGACUUGCACUGCAUGUCCAAUUGGUUGUAUUAGUUGCUCUGAUGCUAAGACUUGCAUAAAAUGUGAUGAUUCAAACGGAUAUAGGCUUUAAGGCAACUCUUGCACUCUUUGUGUAUAUCCCUGUGCUACUUGUUCUACUUCUAAUCCUAAUUCUUGUUUGUCAUGUGAAAAUAAAAUGUAUUUACUAAACAAUUAAUGUGUUUCUUCUUGUACAAAUGGAUAUUAUAAUGGACCAAAUUAUACUUGCUCUCAAUGUAUUAGUGGUUGCAGCUAAUGUUCUGAUGGAGUAUCAUGUACUUCAUGUAGUAAUAAUUAUAAACUAUUCCCUUAAAAUAAUGUUUAAAUUUGUAUCAGUUCUUCUUCUUGCUUUUCUCCUUGCUCUACAUGCAUUGGAACAUUCCAACCAACCACUUGUUCAUCUUGCAACUAAGGAUUUUAUUUACAAGCUAACUCUUGUGUAGCCUAAUGUGAUUAAGGUUAUUUUUUAGAUUAAUCUAAAUAAAGAUGUACUUAAUGCUCUAAUGGCUGUGCUAAAUGCUCAAAUUCAGGAAGCUGCACUUUAUGCUCCAAUAAUUAUUAUUUGCAAUAAAAUAACUGUGUUUUAACAUGUUCUGAUGGCAAAUAUGCUGAUCAAACUUCAAAAAUUUGCUAAAGUUGUCCUAACGAAUGUUCUAAAUGCACUAGUUCUACUAUUUGUAGCUAAUGCCAAAAUGGGUUUUAGUUGUCUGGGCAAAAAUGUACAGCUGUUUAAUGUGCAACUACAUGUGCUUCAUGUACUUCUGAUCCCACACAAUGCAUUUCUUGCAUAGGUGGUCUUUAUUUAUCUCCUCAUAAUACAUGUGACUCUUCAUGCCCUUCAGGGUAUUUCUAAAAUAAUUCAAACAUGAUUUGUACUGCAUGUCCAGCUGGUUGUAUUAGUUGUUCUGAUGCUAAGACUUGCACAAAAUGUGAUAGUCUAAAUGGAUAUAGACUUUAAGGUAGUUCUUGUACUCUUUGUGUAUCACCUUGCGCCACUUGCUCUUAGAUAAAUCCUAGCAUUUGUUUAUCAUGUGAGAAUAAUAUGUAUUUAUUAAAUAAUAAAUGUGUCUCUACUUGCACAAAUGGAUUUUACAAUGGUCUAAACUAUACUUGUUCUCCAUGCAUUAAUGGAUGCAAUUAAUGCUUAGAUGGAAAUUCGUGUAUUUCUUGUAAUGCCAACUAUCAGCUAUUUACAUAUAAUAAUGUAUAAAUUUGCAUUUCUUAAUCUUCUUGUUUUUCUCCUUGCUCUACAUGUUAAGGUGUAUUUUAGCCUAAAACAUGCGCUUCAUGUAAUAAAAGCUUUUAUUUACAAGAUUCUUCUUGUGUAGCUUAAUGUAAUAAAGGAUAUUUUGCCAAUUAAUAUAAUUAGAUGUGCACAUAAUGUCCUUCUAAUUGUAGUGCUUGUUCUGGACCUACUAGCUGCUCAGCUUGCUCUAAUAAUUAUAUCUUGUCUUUAAAUAGCUGUGUUGCAAAAUGUCCACAAGGGUUCACAAACAAUAACUAAAUAUGUACUUAAAUUAAUAAAUAUAUAGAAACCUAAGGUUUUAAAUAAUAGUUUGCAAUAUUAUUUUUGGUUAUAUUGAUAGUAUUAUCUUUUUGA